AUGGAGCAGCACUACCAGAAACUUAAUAGGAGUACACUGAAGGAUCUCCUGGCAGUCCAACGACAAGUGACCAGUAAGAAAUUGAAAAACACUUUGAUUGCAGAACUAAUGGAGAGUGACUGUGCCAGCAACUCCUCUUUGGGAGGCUCAGAAGACUCGGACUUCCAGUGCGAA